GCUUAACGCCAUGUAACCGUGGCGGACGCUGUCAAAUGGGUUGGCCGUGUGUGCGUGUGUUGUAUUUUGGUAGUUAUUUUGUGCCAUUCACGUUCUGGAACGUCAGCGAUUUUUCCUUGCCUAAUUGUCGUACGAUCGGAUCGCAAAAUGGAUUUACGAGUUUUCGACGAUAUGAAUCUCUACAUUACACCGGACAGGUUCUUCAUUGAGCCAUGCAAUACGGAAGAAUUCCUUAUAAUCGAACGUCCCAGUGGCAAGGUUUCACUGCACACCGCGGAUAGUAAGGAAAUGCUUCCAGUUCACGGUUACGAGCUGCGCAAGAUAUGUGGUUUGCUCGGCAUGAUACGGCUGAUCAGUGGGCUGCAUCUGGUGGUUGUAACGCAUCGCAUUUUUGUCGGUCUUAUGUAUGAGGAACCGAUCUGGCAGAUGGCCGGCACCGAUGUAAUUCCGCUCGCGGGCACGCUAACCCACCUGAGCGAGGUCCAGAAGGAACACAAUGCGAUCUAUCUUUCCAUGGUGCGUGAGGUGCUGGAAACACCUUACUUCUACUUUUCGUACGGCUUAGAUCUUUCCAAUACGCUUCAGCGGAUUGAAACGAAUGCUGGCGGGGGAGGGGGUGAUGUACGCGGUCUCUUCAUGCAGAGCGAUAAGCGGUUUGUGUGGAACGUAGGGCUGGUGGAAAAUCUUCCUCCCCUGCCACAGUACACGCUACCCAUCAUUCAUGGUUUCGUAUCCAUCAAAGACGUGUCGAUAAACGGGCAUACGCUCAGCUGGAUACUGAUUUCGCGCCGCUCGGUGCGGCAUGCCGGUACGCGGUUGUUUUGCCGCGGCAUCAACAGCGAAGGGGACGUGGCGAACUACGUCGAAACGGAACAGAUUGUGAUUACCGAGGACGACUGUGUGUCGUUCGUGCAGACCCGUGGCAGCAUUCCGCUCUUCUGGAGCCAGACACCGAACCUGCAGUACAAACCGCGACCCCAGCUAGCGACGCGCAUGGAUCACAUGCACGCCUGCGCGCGUCACUUUGACGAGCAGUGCAAACGGUACGGUGCCCAGGGCCUCAUCAACCUGAUCGAUCACAAAGGUGCUGAGGAGGUGCUGGAGAAGGCGUACGAGGCGACGGUUAAAGCGAUGGCCAACCCGUUGCUCACGUACGUGUCGUUCGACUUCCACAAGGAGUGUAAGAAGAUGCGGUACGAUCGAUUGAGCUUGCUCAUGUCGAUGAUCGCGAGCCAGCAGGAAAGCUUUGGCGUGUUCCAUACCGACCACACCGGGCAGGUGUACUCGCUCCAGAAGGGCGUGUUCCGCACGAACUGCAUCGACUGUCUGGACCGGACGAAUGUGGUGCAAAGCAUGAUUGCGAAACGUAGCCUCGAGCAAACGCUGAAAGAGAUCGGCAUUUUCAAGCCGGGCCAGAAGCACAUCGAUCCCAACUCCAUGUUCGAGGCGACCUUCAAAGAGGUUUGGGCCGACAAUGCGGAUCUGAUAUCGGUGCAGUAUUCCGGUACCGGUGCGCUGAAAACGGAUUUUACGCGUACGGGCAAGCGUACGGUGCAGGGAUUGUUUCGGGAUGGGCUGAACUCGCUCACGCGCUACGUGAAGAACAAUUUUCAGGACGGGUUUCGUCAGGACAGUAUCAAGCUGUUCCUAGGCCACUACCAUGUGCGGGAAGACGAAGGUUUGGUGACACCUUCACCGUUCGCACCGGAGCCCACGGUCGACAUGAGAAAGCGUAUGAUUGCGACCAUGCUUUUGUUCGAGGUAGCGGUGUUCUUCGUCAUCCUGCUGUAUCCGGCCGAGCACAGCGCUAGAACGGGUUACAUGCUGCUGGGCUGGGGCGCGUUGCUUGCCCUUACCGGCAAGUACUCGCGCAAACAUCGGCUAGACUUUGUGGACCGGCCGAAACUGAAUUCAAAAAAGUAACUAGCCGGCGGGGGCCCGUACCAGUCCGGGGAGCAUUGGCCAUGUACGACGAAAAUGCGUACUACACAAUCGUGUGACGUAACGCGGCAACGGCCAGAGCGCACCGGCACAACGGGUACGGGCAACGGAUGACCGGCCAAAAAAGUGCGUACUUUUACCACACGAUCACGCACACACACACACUCCUUUCCGGUGAGACGAGGCAUGGUUUUAGUUGGUUUAAUUUUGGAACAUAUUUAUAAAUGCAAAUAAAUUCAUCGGAUCUGCAUGGGAUAUGCUCAAUCAUACAGCACAUCAAAGAUUUAGCAACGUGAUGGAGUGGUGUGUGUGUGUGUGAUUGUGGAUCAGAACGGAUGUUAAAAUUUUCCCUCGUUCUAACCGAUCUGGUCUUGUCUUCCUUUAGAUGGACCAGUCAAUGCUUACUGGCAAUAGUUCCUUUCCAUCAAUUCAAUUACACAAAUUCCUGUAGCCCUUCGAAGGAAUACUAGGGGAUAUAACUUCUUACAAAUAAUCGAACGGUUGUCACUACACUUUAUAAAGGGUCACUAUAUACGUAUUCGGCGAGCAAAGAACAGAAACAUAAUUCAAUAGUUAGCGAAACAGGCUUUAACGGAAAAAAAACUACUCUAUUCUUAAUCAUUCCUUGCAUCGACAGUGGUGCGACAGGCACACCCAGUGAGAACCUUAAAAUCGGCAAUUUAAUAGAACGUUAAUUUACUUUAAACUCUUUUGUUGGCAAAUUGUUUCAUUUGUGUGGGGAAAUCAGACCCAAAAUCCAUGUUGUUAAAUAUAGUGUGCUUACCAAUAAAUUAUUUCAACAGCUAAGGACGGCUGGCGGGUUAGCAGUUGGUGCGUGGCGGGAGUAUAGCAUGUUUGUUUUAUUUUUUCUGUUACACAUUUAGGCCCAAAAUCUUCCAAAUAGUUAUGAAAAUUAGUUUAUUUAGUUGACGUUUGGUACGUACAAUCAGCAAAGUGUGGAUGUGGAAUUGAUAAUAAAAGAAAAAUACGUUCUCAUGGA